AUGCGAGCUUCAAGCAGAGUUUUAUCUAUCCAUUUUAAUCAGGAUUUCGGUUGCUUUGCUUGUGGACUCAGCACCGGCUUAUGUAUUUUCAAUAGCGAUCCUUUAAAACAGUGCCAUGAAGAGAAAUUUGAUGGUGGAAUUGCACUGAUUGAAAUGCUUUUUCGUUGCAAUUAUAUAAUUAUUGUUGGAGGUGGCGAUUUUCCUGCGUUCCCUACAAAUUUAGCUGUGAUCUGGGAUAUCGUUGACCACAAAGAAAUAACUCGAAUCGAAAUGCCGAACGAUGUUAAAGGAAUUAGGUUGCGUCGUGACCGUAUUAUUAUUGUGCUGUUUUCAAGCAUUCAUAUUUAUAGUUUUACGGAAACUCCUGAAAAGCUUCACAUUUAUUGUUCAAGCACUAAUCCUCUGGGACUCUGCUGUCUUUGUCCAUCAUCGGAAAAUUCAUUAUUAGUUUUUCCUGCACCAUCUUCUUCUGCUGAAGUAGCAUGCAUAAAUCUUGCUGUUCCAAAUGAACCACCUACAAUUUUGAAAGCUCAUACUCGACCAUUGUCAGCGAUUGCUUUAAACUCUACAGGCAAGCAGCUGGCGACUUGCUCGGUGAAAGGUACCAUUAUCCGCAUCUUUGAUACGCAAACCAAAUUAUUAUUGCACGAAUUGCGGCGUGGUUCGAGUUCUGCUAAUAUUUUUAGUCUGAAUUUUUCAUUUGAUUCAUCAAUGUUGUGCGUUUCCAGUAAUCACACUACUGUGCAUUUAUUCUCUUGGAAAAAGCCGAAAAAACCUAAAAAUUUGCUGGACACGUUGAAUUUAAUUGGUUUGUCGGGUGAAGGAAGUUUUUCAAAAUUCCAACUGCCGUUCUCAAUGAAAUCGAGCGAUAUUUGCAUUUGUGCAUUUGGUCCUCAGUCUGAUUCUAUUAUAGCGAUAUCUUCCGAUGGCAGCUACUGCAAAUUCAGCUUUAGUUUUGAUGGAGAAUGCACUAGACAGACUUCAUCAUUAUAUCUUCAAAUAAAUAAUCAUUAA